GCCAUCGGCCAAUAUUCUACACCCCAAUGCCUAUUGGAAGCCCAGACUCCGAUUCUACAGCUUGCUCAAAGGAGGUUGAGGAGGGCUACACAGUCAUAAAGACACUUGGCAAGGGUAGGUUCACUGAAGUCAAGGAAGUGCAGCAGAAGGGAACAAGAAAACAUUUCGCCUGGAAGCAGGUUCAGCUGGACAAGGAUCCCCGUUGUGAUUUGCAAAUUCAGCUUCUACGUCGAGUGAAGCACAACAACAUUUUGCGCAUCUAUGACGUCUACUGGGCAGCCGGGGUCAUGGACAUUAUGCUGGAGCUGUGCUCGGGGACUAUGGCAGACUGCAUUGGUUCCCAACGCGACACUUCGGGCACUUCGGGCUAUCGCACGCCCAGUCGGACAGAGGUGGCAAAGACUCUGUCCCAGCUGUUGAUGGCUGUGAAUUUCCUCCAUGAGAACCAGGUCGCACAUAGGAACAUCAAGCCGUGCAAUGUGCUGCUGUCUUCAAAAAGGACCUGGAAAUUGGCAAAUUUCGACCUUGCCUGUGACUUCGACCCUGGCCAUCACAUGUCCGAGAGAGUUGGCUCACUGCCAUACAGAGCGCCUGAGAUUGAUCAACGGAAAUACACGGAGAAAUGUGACGUCUACAGCACUGGAGUACUCUUCAUCGCUUUUGUGCGGGGCAAGGAGUAUGUUCGGUCGUCGCUGGAAGAUAUCAAAGGAUCCAAAGGCACAGAAGCCGCAGAGGAGCUUUUGAAUGAAAAGACAUGGACAUCGAAACUUGGUUAUGGUGCACUUUCCUUGGCCAAACAGAUGAUAUCUCUAGAAGAAGCUCGGUGUGGUUCAGAAGAAGCGCUCAGAAACCCGUGGUUGAUGCAAAACCUGGGGAGCCGCCCUGGUCUCUGUUGCGUAGUGAGCUGAGCCUUACAUGGUUCUGUACAGUUUUCUGAGAGUCCAGCUGCCAUUUGUUAAGCAAAUGGUUUUUUGUGCUAUUCUGUGGAUUUUGGACACAGAGCCCUCACAUAGCGUUUUGAUGCUUGUUGUGAAUGCAUUGUGUGAGUUAUUUUCCAGCAAUUUCGCAGGGGCCCCGGCCACUGAUGAGCUGGGUCUCCUCCCGGCGGGUAUCUAGCCCCUGGAAUGGAGACAACCCUUAGCCCAUGAGGGCCAUGGCCCUCAUGCCACGAGUCGUGUUCAGUUCGCAGCAGAGGCCGACCAGGGUUAUGCGC